CGGAAGUCUUCCGCUGGCCGACCGGGAAGUAGCUGAGGACUGGGCGAUGGCAGUUCUGGAGGUCUCGGUCCCGGGCGGACCCGAGGCCACGGCGCCCCCGCGGUAGAGCGCGCCUGCGUGGCGGGCUCCGGGGCCCUGAGGCAUGGAGGGGUCUAAGACGUCCAGCAGCACCAUGCAGGUGAGCUUCGUGUGCCAGCGCUGUAGCCAGCCUCUGAAACUGGACACGAGCUUCAAGAUCCUGGACCGGGUCACCAUCCAGGAGCUCACAGCACCAUUGCUUGCCACAGCCCAGGCGAAGCCAGGAGAGACCCAAGAGGAAGAAACGAACCCAGGAGAGGAACCGUUUAUUGAAACUCGCCAGGAUGGUGUCUCUCGCAGAUUCAUUCCCCCAGCCAGGAUGAUGUCUACAGAAAGUGCUAACAGCUUCACUCUGAUCGGGGAGGCAUCGGAUGGUGGCACCAUGGAAAACCUCAGCAGAAGGCUCAAGGUUACUGGCGACCUUUUUGACAUCAUGUCAGGCCAGACAGAUGUGGAUCACCCACUGUGUGAGGAAUGCACUGAUACUCUUUUAGACCAGCUGGACACUCAGCUCAAUGUUACUGAAAAUGAGUGUCAGAACUACAAGCGCUGCUUAGAGAUCCUGGAGCAGAUGAGUGAAGAUGACAGUGAACAGCUACAGAGAGAGCUCAAGGAGUUGGCAUUAGAAGAGGAGAGGCUGAUCCAGGAGCUAGAAGAUGUGGAAAAGAACCGCAAGGUAGUGGCAGAGAACCUGGAGAAGGUCCAGGCUGAGGCCGAGAGACUGGACCAGGAGGAAGCUCAGUAUCAGAAGGAGUACAGUGAAUUUAAGAGACAACAGCUGGAGCUGGAUGAUGAGCUGAAGAGUGUAGAAAACCAGAUGCGGUAUGCCCAGAUACAGCUGGACAAGCUGAAGAAAACCAACGUCUUCAACGCGACCUUCCACAUCUGGCACAGUGGACAGUUUGGCACAAUCAAUAACUUCAGACUGGGUCGAUUGCCCAGUGUUCCUGUGGAAUGGAAUGAGAUCAAUGCUGCUUGGGGUCAGACAGUAUUGCUGCUCCAUGCUCUGGCCAAUAAGAUGGGUCUGAAAUUUCAGAGGUAUCGACUUGUUCCCUAUGGAAAUCAUUCCUAUCUGGAGUCUCUGACAGACAGAUCUAAGGAGCUGCCGCUAUACUGUUCUGGAGGGUUGCGGUUUUUCUGGGACAACAAAUUUGACCAUGCAAUGGUAGCUUUCCUCGACUGUGUGCAACAGUUCAAAGAAGAGGUAGAGAAAGGCGAGACACGAUUUUGUCUUCCUUACAGGAUGGAUGUGGAGAAAGGCAAGAUUGAAGACACAGGAGGCAGCGGCGGCUCCUAUUCCAUCAAAACCCAGUUUAACUCUGAGGAACAGUGGACAAAAGCUCUCAAAUUCAUGCUGACGAAUCUUAAGUGGGGUCUUGCUUGGGUAUCUUCACAAUUUUAUAACAAAUGACUUACUUUAUUCCUUAGAGGGAUGUUUACCUUAAAGGCUUUAAAUUUUGUUUUGUCUGGGGAAAAAAUGCUUUAAGUUAAAUUUGAGUAAUAUUAAACCAUAUGUUUACAGUACCAAAAGACACAAAAUCCACAAAAGUCACUUUAUUUUAAAAUAUCAUAUGACAGUUUCCAGAGCUAUAACAUGCCAUGUAUAGCUAACAGCCCUUGUCAUAGUUUUGACUCUGAACCCCAUGCCUUUCUUUCCCUCUCUUCCCUGAAAAUAACUAAUUUAAGGAUUUGUUUGUUUGUUUUUUGUAAACUGAGUUGAGAUUGAUAUGUUUUCACUGAAUUUUGUCUUUCAACUUCCUGCACUUAAAAUAUGAAUAGAAACUUUUGUCUCCUCUGAGAUGGUAUGUUUGAGACGCACAGUUGGACAAAAUAGGACAAAAACAUUGAAGCUUUGCCUGGUCACCAUGUGAUGUGAUCACAAACUCGAUUUAACCCUUCACAAGGUUCUAGUACUGAAUGCCGACUCUGCUAUGUAGUAGAGUUAUGAAAUGGUGUUUAAUACUGUUUGAGACAUUAUGGAGAGAUUUAAUUAUUUGUAAUAAAAGAUUUGCUACAGUCUGUUAACUA